AUGAUGACCAUCAUCGCGUAUGUCUUGGCUGUGGCCAUCUCGGCCAUGGCUCAGAUUGCCACGGUUUCUGAGCCUGCUCUGUCCGCGAUCCAUGCUGCGGCUGCUACCAUCAAGCCUCAGGUGACCACCUCUGACGUGAAGGGUCUAGUUUUUGAUCGCUUCUACCAGGUCUGGUUGGAGAACAUUGACUUUGAGGACUCUGCUGCGGAUGAGAAUAUGAAAUGGCUCGCCUCUCAGGGAAUUCUGCUAACCAACUUUUAUGCUGUAACCCACCCGUCUGAGCCCAACUACUGCGCUGCCGCUGGUGGUGACACAUUCGGAAUGGACAACGACGACUUUAAGCAGAUGCCCGCCAACAUCUCUUCUAUUGCCGAUCUUCUGGCCACUAAGAAGAUCUCCUGGGCUGAGUAUCAGGAGCACAUCCCUCAUGCCGGCUUCCAGGGAAUGAACUACUCCAACCAGAAGACUCAAGCUCAUGACUACGUCCGCAAGCAUAACCCCAUGGUACUCUAUGACACUGUUGUCUCUGACGAUAACCGUGCACGUUCGAUCAAAAGCUUCAAAGACUUUGAACACGACCUCAAAGACAAGAAGCUUCCCCAAUGGGCUUUCAUUACUCCCAACAUGACCAAUGACGCCCAUGACACCAACAUUACUUUCGCCGCCAAGUGGGAGCGUCCAUGGAUUGCCAACCUGCUCAAGAAUGAGUAUUUCAUGAAGGAUACUGUGAUUCUUCUGACUUUUGAUGAAGAUCAGCACUACGAGCAUGACAACCGCAUCUUCAGCGUGCUUGUCGGUGGUGCCAUUCCCGAAAACCUUCAAGGCACAACCGACGAUACCUUCUACACUCACUAUUCGAGCAUUGCAACUGUGUCUGCGAACUGGGGACUUCCAUCUCUGGGCCGUUGGGAUUGCGGUGCUAACAUCUUCGAUAUUGUGGCCAAGAAGACUGGAUACGUCAAUUAUCACGUCGACAAGACUCACCUGACACUCAACCAGACCUACCCAGGUCCCAUGUCCAUCGGUGAUAAAGAGACUGGUCUCACCUCCAAGUUCCUGGCUGAGUGGCCCAUUCCUCUCACCAAAGGUGACUGUUCGGCUGGCCAUGGUAUCUUGGACAUUGUCAAGAAGACUUACGGCAAUCUGACUGCGACUUUUAACUACACUAGCCCCUACCCUUGGGACUCCAGACACGAUUACAAUGUGAAGGUCACUGCCACUCGGAAGACAACCAACGCUUCCACAUCGAGCAAGAAGAAUGUGACAUCUAUUCCUACCGCCCACGUUGGCGCCGGAUUCGCAGCCGCAGUUCCUAGCUUCUUUGUUGCUCUGAGCACUGUCCUGGCUAUUAUCUGCCUUUUCUAA